CAUUGAUGUAUUAAUGAGAUAUGAUAUUAUAUACAAUUUGUCCAAAAUGAAGCCUUUUAUAUUUAUAAUUGUUGCCUUCCUAAGUGUAACAUAUGGCCAAAAAGCUGAAAAAUUAGUUUCACAAAACCCAUGUGCCUCAAAAACAACUUGUAGAGACUGUAUUCAGACACCAACAUGUGCCUGGUGUUUUCAACCUGACUUUGGUGAUCGUAAAAGAUGUUAUCAACCAUCUAUGAUUAGUUCAUUAACUGGUGGCUGUUCUGAAGAAUAUAUUUGGAAUCCAGAUAAUGAGUUACGCAUAUUAAUGCAAAAAGAAUUAACAAAAGCGAGUGGUGGAGUAGCAGGCGGCGGUGCAUCUGGAUCUUGGUCAUCGUCAGGAUCAUCUUGGUCAUCUAGUUCAUCAUCAUCAUCAAGUAGUAGUUCAUGGGGUUCAUCUUCAUCAAGUUCAUCUUCGUCUCAUGGAGAAAUUGUACAAAUUAGUCCACAACAUUUAAAUCUAAAACUUCGUAUAAAGGAAGAGUAUCGACUAAAAAUGCAUUAUUCACAAGCUGAAGAUUAUCCUGUUGAUUUAUAUUAUCUUAUGGAUUUGAGUAAAAGUAUGGAAGACGACAAAGAUAAAUUAUCAAUAUUAGGUGAUCUAUUAGCAGAAACAAUGCGAAAUAUUACAUCAAACUUCCGUCUAGGAUUUGGUAGUUUCGUGGAUAAAGUUGUUAUGCCUUACGUUAGUACUGUUCCUAGAAAUUUAAUAGAACCAUGUACAGGAUGUGCUGCACCAUACGGAUUUAAAAACGUGAUGAGAUUAUCCCAAGACACAAGUAAAUUUGCUGGUGAAGUUCGCAAUGCUUCAGUAUCAGGAAAUUUAGAUGCACCUGAAGGUGGUUUUGAUGCAAUUAUGCAAGCAGUUGUAUGUCGUAAAGAGAUUGGUUGGCGUGAAAAAGCUAGACGAUUACUCGUAUUCUCAACAGAUGCAGGUUUUCAUUAUGCUGGUGAUGGUAAAUUGGGUGGUAUUGUUAAACCAAAUGAUGGACUAUGUCAUUUAGAUCCACGUACUGGAUUAUAUACACACUCAAAUUAUCAAGAUUAUCCUAGUGUACCACAAAUUAAUUUAAAAGUUAAAGAAAAUGCAAUUAAUGUUAUUUUUGCUGUUACACGUGAACAAAUUGAUGUGUAUAAUAAUCUUAAAGAAUAUAUUGAGGGUGCGUCUAGUGGUAUUCUGUCCAAUGAUUCUUCCAAUGUUGUUGAUUUAGUUCGAGAAGAAUAUAGUAAAAUAUCAUCAGCCGUUGAAAUGAAAGAUAAUGCAACUGGUGCAAUAAAAAUAACAUACCAUUCAGAAUGUCUUGGCAACAAUGUAGAAGAAACAAACAAAUGUAACAAAUUAAAAGUGGGAGAUGUUGUUACAUUCACUGUUAAAAUAGAAAUACUUGAAUGCCCAAAAGAUCCACGCGAUUGGAAACAAGUAAUCCAAAUAUAUCCAGUUGGUAUCAAUGAAAGUCUUGUUAUAGAUCUAGAAAUGUUGUGUGAUUGUCCAUGUGAACAUCCUGGCCAUAUUGCAUAUAAAGAAGCUGCUGAAGAAUGUAACUAUGCUGGUACAUUAAAAUGUGGUGUUUGUGAAUGUGAUACGUUACAUUUUGGUCGUCAUUGUGAAUGUAAUGCAAAUAAUCUUAGCUCAGAUCGUGAUAGUAGUCAAGGAUGUCGUCCCGAUAACACAACUGAAAUUGAUUGUUCUGGGCGUGGUAAUUGUGUUUGUGGACAAUGUGAAUGCGAAAGUCGUACCAAUUUAGAUGAAAUCAUAUCUGGUACUUUCUGUGAAUGUGAUAAUUUUUCAUGCGAUCGAUAUAGAGGACUUUUGUGUUCUGGUUCGACACAUGGUACUUGCGUUUGUGGUAAAUGUGUAUGUGAACCAGAUUGGGGUGGUGGAGCAUGCGAUUGUCGAUUAUCAAAUGACACGUGUAUACCACCAGGUGGUGGAGAAAUUUGUUCGGGUCAUGGAAUAUGUGAAUGUGGAUCAUGUAAAUGUCAAGAUGGUGAAGAUGGACAUUAUUCUGGAAAAUAUUGCGAAAAGUGCCCAACUUGCCCAGAUCGAUGUCUCGAAUACAAAGAAUGUGUUCAAUGUCAGAUGUACAAAACGGGACCAUUGACUGAAGAAGAAUGUGCUAAUUGUACAUUCGUACCAGUGCCUUCUAAACAAAUCGAAGAUGAUGAAAAGAAAGGUGAAAUUUUAUGUGCAUAUUACGAUGAAGAAAAUUGUAGGUAUGCGUAUGUGUAUACCUAUGAUGAAAAUAAAGACGUUGUUGUUCGAGCGCAAGAAGAACGUGAAUGUCCUCCAAAGGUAUUUGUGUUGGGUAUUGUACUUGGUGUAAUUGCUGCUAUAGUUUUGAUGGGCUUAGCAAUGUUAUUAAUGUGGAAAGCUGUCACCACAAUUCAUGAUCGUCGUGAAUUUGCCAAAUUUGAAAAGGAACGUAUGAUGGCUAAAUGGGAUACGGGAGAAAAUCCUAUUUAUAAACAGGCAACAACUACAUUCAAAAAUCCAACAUAUGCUGGAAAAUGAGCAGCUAAUAGAAUUAAUAUUAAAAAAAAAAUGUAAAUAGAAUGUCGCACAUUCAGUAUAUUUCACGAAAGUGUUCACAAGUAUUUUAAAUUCUGAUUCAUCAUCAGUUUUUGAUAAUGUUUUUUAGAAAUUAUUGCCUUAUUAAAAUACGUUAAUUAGGAAUAAUUUUUUAAGGAAAUCAUUUUAUAUACAUCUGACUUUCAUCGCCAUGAAAGCAAAUAAAUAUGGAAGGUAAUCUCAAUCAUCUAAAAUAUUGAUUCCCUUGAAUGUGUUAUUCUUAAAAACAAAAAUUUUUAGAGUAAAUAUUAAAUUUACUUUUAGAAAAAUUAAUAGAUUUUUAACUACUCUUUAACUCUAGUAGUUAUGUAGAUUGUAAUGUUUUCGUAAUUUCGUAACAUUUUUGAUAUGAUUCUCAUUUUUAUUACUGACUUUUAAUUUUUACUCAUUUAUUAAUUAACUGUAUUUAUUUUAUUUGCGAAUCUGUGAACGGGACGAAAAUCAAUGAAAUCGCUAUUGCCAAAGUUUUUUACGCAAUAUUAGU